AUGACUCGCCACAGUCAUCGCCAUAGGGCUCGGAGACACCCUUCUAUUGAUGAUAUCAUCGACAACAUUGACGAUAUAAUCAAGGGCGGCGACGGGGAGAAACAGUCAACCAUCACUUCCAUCGUCUAUGUGACCGCAAAGCCGACAUUCUCUGGACCAAUUGGCGGAUAUUCUACUGCGACUGGCGAUGAUGGCGAUCACCACCACCCAAAGAUAACACCGUUUCCCCCGUUGGAGACUCCCACGCGGUCAACAAGGAGGCCCAGGCCAACAGAAACCAGUGAAGAAGAGCCAGAACCGACGUCAGAACCAACGCCAGAGUCGACAUCAACGCCAACACGUCGUCCUUCCUCCUCUUCCUCGUCCUCCUCACUGUCGUCUUCACGUUCAUCGUCUGUGACAACGACCACAAGUAGAGACCGGGACUUCACAACUUCUACAUCAGCCCCUACUCGGACAACCGCAACUAACUCAAACGAUGCUGCUAUCGGGACAGGGUCGAAUUCUCCAUCCGCCACUGCGAUCCCAGGCGCUGGAGGGUUGAGCUCCGGCGCAAAGGCUGGUCUCGCAAUUGGCCUCGUCGCUCUUGCUGCCAUUAUCGGUGGUGCCAUCUUCUUCUUCUUCCUUCGCAAAAGGAAAAGAGAGCAGGAGGAAUUGGAGGAAAUUGAUAAUGAGAAAUCCUUCAGCAACCCACCCGUAAGCUUUCCAGCGCCCCCCGUUUCCAGGCCAUCUUCGUCCGCUACUCCUCCAGUUGCACCGAAGCUCAACAUCCGCCCUGUGACUCAGUUUUCUCCGGACUUUGGAACUGCGCUACCAGGAACAGGCAAGCCUCCAGGCACGCUCAAUGCUUUACCCACUCCUCCAACAUCGGCCAAUGGCACACGCAGCUUGACAGACGGCCCUGGGCCAUCAGCACCAGUCAAGUCACAUAAUGCCACGAAUUCUGAUCCGUUUAAUGAUCCAGUCAACCCCUUUGAAAACCCCAACUCGGCACCUUCGUCUCCUCCGGAUCGAACUCUUCCGGAUGCCCUUCAGGUCCGUACUCCCAGUCUUAGAUCAGAUGUUAGCCGACCCGUAUCCCCUGUCACUCCCGAAGGCACUGUCAACACCGGCGUCGUUGCGUCUGCUACCGCCCUAGCGGCUGUCACUACUGGAGCUGCCGGGGCUGCCGUUGCUUCUGUUGCAUCUAACGAUGAUGCUCGGAAAGAGCAACAACAGCAACAGCCUGUUCCUCCACAGAUACCGGCUACCACUGGCCCUCCUUCAAGUCCUGCCAUGAGCACCGGAUCCGCCUCUGUCACCAGUGUAGCCCCAGCACCAGUUGGAACCCCAGGUCCAAACAACGUCUACCGUGUUCAGCUCGACUUUAAUCCCUCCAUGGACGAUGAACUGUCCCUUAGGGCAGGACAGCUUGUUCGUAUGCUACAUGAAUAUGAUGAUGGCUGGGCUCUCUGCGUCCGCCUUGAUCAGUCUCAGCAAGGUGUCGCACCACGAACGUGUCUUUCUUCCCGUCCUGUUCGUCCUCGCCCUCGUGGACCUCCCGGCCAACGCGCUCCCGGCCCAGGUCCCAUGUCCCCCGCAGGUGGUCACAACUCCCAGGGCCCAAAUCCCAACAGUCCACGCUUCAAUCCUCCCACCAACGGCAGACCAGCUUCACCUAAUGCAGGAUAUCGCCCUUACCCUCCGCCCCAAAACAAAUUCAAUGACAUUCCACGCUCACUAUCCCCAGGCCCAGGUGCUGGUAGCCCACGAAUCCCACAGCCCCGGUCAAUGAGCCCCGGCCCAUAUGGACCAGGUGGAAUGGAGAAGCCCGUGAUGCCUGCUGCCCAAAGGCCGAGGAGCAACAGCGCCAGCCAACUUGCCUCCCCAACAACACCGGCACCAGCUUCUGCACCAGCUUCUGCACCAGCUUCCAUUGAACCUGCAGAGAAGCCAGAGCCAACUCGCAGCCCACCACCGAGUCUGGGCCCUGCAAACCGUAAACCCGUUCCAGGUCAGGAGUCAUAG